AUGCUCCAUCAUCUGAGUCUGGUGAUAAGGUGCCCGCUGCCAGCUGGGAAGACGAGGUGGAGGAAUGAGAAGUUGCCCGCCAACCUGCUCUCCAGUCCAGCCACGCAGCGGCAGGCAGUGCAAAGGCAUCACAGGGCAGCGCAGGGCACAGGAACACCCACUGAGCCCAUGCUGGCCUGGAAGUAACGCUUCACUGAGGCUUCCAACAGAACACAGCAGCAAAACAGAACACAGAGACAGAGUGUAGGGGUGGAAUACCAACUAGUUCCACAGUGGUGGCGAGUAUUGAACUUUACUUAACAAAACAAACACUGUCUUGUACUUUGGUCUGUUGUGUUUCCACAGUGUCUCUCUCUUCUGCCAAAUAGAUUAUUGCCAAAUAACCUUUCAGAGGUUGAAGAGUUUUAGGCUGAAGUCAGGUGGAUAAGAGAGCUCAACACAGGAGGUUGGUGGUACCUUAAUUGGGGAGGACAGGCUCGUGGUAAUGGCUGGAGUGGAAUUAGUAGAAUGGUAUCAAAUACAUCAAACAGAUGGUUUCCAUGUGUUUCAUGCCAUUCCAUUUACUCCGUUCCAGCCAUUAUUAUGAGUCGUCCUUCCUCAGCAUCCUCCUGUGGAGCUCAAUGUAUGUAUGCUAUCACAUCUGUUGGCCCCUACUGGAUGUUUCUCUCACGUCAGUCUAGUUGGCAGACUCAGCCCAUCCUUAGAUUGCUUUUUCUUCAGUCACACCGCCUAAGUGUUUCAGAUGCAGCCUGCCUUCAGUGUCUACAAUGUCCCACAGCCUGCAUACAAAAGAAUACAGCCGUGCCAUGAAUAGAGGAGCUUGUCUCUUAAAUCCCUUCACAUGGAACCAGAGGCAGAGCUGCUGCUAUACUUGAGCCCUCCACCGCUACAGCUGACAGUACCUUAGCUCAGAUUGGGCAUUGACGCCAGGGAGUAAUCUGACAAUUUGUCUCAUCUCAUGUUCCUGAACAUGCAGGGAUCUGUGGACUUCUCCUGUCACCAAGAAAUUCUGAUGACAAAAUCCCUAAAAUCCUAUUUAUGUCAGCUGGAUGCUUUAGCAGGAGCCAGUCAUUCUGUGAUUACAUAAAAACAGAGAACACCCGGUCUCUUUCAACAGCCCUGUGGAUAAAGAACAGGGUAUCACAGUUUAGGAUUAUUAUAAAUGUAACUAGCAGUUACAUUAUCUAUGUCCGCAGUGUUGGUAUCAGCAGUGCAGUUAAAUGAAAAUGCUGGCAUCUAGUGGUAAAGAGAUGAAUAAAUUAUAUGAACAAGAUAGAACGUUCAUUAUUAUUUGACUAUUGUUAAUAACACUGGCUUCUCAUUGAUGUGAGUGAAUAAAAUGUAAUCACAUUUUCGUAUUUUUCAAGUAAAAUAUGUUGCACACUAACGUUCAUAAUAAGUCAGCAAAUUAUAGUUCAAGUAUACUAUAGGCAGCCAUGAAAAAUGUGUGAACUAUAUACUAUAUACUAUCACUUACACUAGACUGCGGCUCCUUUUUUGUGCAGAUAACCUUUUAAUGGUCAUGCUUGUCACCUCCCUUCGCAACGUGUCAACAUGGUGCCUAGAUUUCCAACAAACAAAAAGUAGGAUAAGGCAAGAACCAAAUAUGCCGAAAAAACAUGAGGCCUACAAACACAAAACUAAGUAAGUAGCUGUGUGACUUUCGUUAUAAGAACAAACGCAAAAAAUAAGUAAGUAGCUUUUGAAGAACAAUUUCGGAAAACACCUGUUAUAUUUCUCGGGCGACAGCAUUACCGCCAGCAUAAAAUAAUUAAGGGAGCUGUUCGUCACUUCAGAAAAAAAUACGUUUUUAUGCAUUGUCAACAAUGCUACACGUUGCAAAAAUAAACCAAUUGAUUUGACACAUGUAGUCAUUUCACUUGAAAACAUUGUAACAACACAUCUUGACAGUAAAAUCACAGUAGGCCUACUUUAAUUCCAACAGGGGGCGUUGUAACACAAUAUGUUGAUAUACACUGAGUAUACAAAACAGAACACCUGAUAUUUUCAUGACAGGCUGACCAGGUGUAAACUAUAAUCCCUUAUUGAUGUCACUUGUUAAAUCCAAAUACAUGUCCUCAACGAUGGUAGGCAGAUGAGAUCAGGUGGGACCAUUCUAGCCAAUGAGAGGGCAGAUACGCAUUUGAAUAACUUUUCUAUGAUAGUGUGCUUGAGUUUGUGUGUGUAUGUAUGUGUAUAUAUAUAUAUAUAUAUAUAUAUAUAUAUAUAUAUAUAUAUAUAUAUAUAUAUAUAAACCAUAUACACUUGAGGGUAUACUGGUAUAUCACUGUGGGUAAUCAAUGAUGUGUUAUGUAGUUCACUACUGAUGCUGUGUGAAUGUGCCCUGACAUUCUUACUUCAUACCAGAAUGACUGAAACAAGCAUUUUUCAUGGAGGCCUAAGUGGUUUCAUUUGUAGAUUCUCUUGUGUUGGUGCUUCUCUUUUAUCAGUAAUCAGAUCAGGUCAUAUUUUUCUUCCUCUAAACCAGAUUAAGUAAAUGUAUAGCAAUGAUUCACACACAGAUUACCUGCCUGCUAUUUGGGUGAACAAUGUGCCUUGGGGGGCUGUCAUCAAUCCAAAGAGAAACUCCAGGGAGGGGUAAUCCUUUGGGUCCCCUGUGAAAUGAACGCAAAGUAUAUGUUUCAGUUGUCUCAGAGGAGAGGUGUUUGUGAAAGGGAAACAUGUAAACAAUUGGAUACUUUGAUGAUCUCAGACUAUCUUUUUGGCAUUACAUAACAUUACAUUUACAUUUUAGUAAUUUAGCAGACGCUCUUAUCCAGAGCGACUUACAGUUAGUGAGUGCAUACAUUUUUUUAUAUAUUUUUUUUAUACUGGAAUCGAACCCACAACCCUGGCAUUACAAAUGCCAUGCUCUACCAACUGAGCUACAUCCCUGCCGGCCAUUCCCUCCCCUACCCUGGACGACGCUGGGCCAACAUUAGACAGUAUGCAUUACAUAUUAUAGAUUGUCAUACAUUGGGGUAAAAAGUUUAAUAGGUUAGAGGUUAUGAGGCGAUGUUUUCUAUGGAGGACUGGUAAAAAUGUUCCAGGAGAUAACGUAAAAGUUAUGGCCUGACCAUUCUGUAUCCAGUAUAACAGCCAGUUGAUCUUUUAGUCUAGUAACGUCUGUAUUGCUGUUGGUAUCCGCUGGUGCUUUAUUGCUUCUGAGCAGAGAUAUUGCUGUUUUACUCUUGCUCAGUUUCCUGACUGGACACUGCAUUGCAGGGCUGACUCAUAUAGUUCAAAGUUAUUAGUCUUCCAUCUGCUGUUGCUCACCACCCCUCAUACCCCACUCACGGCCCGCGGUCUGUGGGACUCAUAGGUGCCCUCUGCCCCAGGCCUGGUCUGGAUAUCUGCUGGGAGGGUUAGGUCUACAGUGAGCUGCACCCCAGACCCAGAGCUGACGUGCCCCCCUGAGGAGUUCUACACCGGGCACCCCAGUCUCCAGAUGGAAUUUCCUGUGUCUGGGGGGGGGGGGGCUGCCUUCUCCAACCCCACCCCAGCAGAGCUCUCUCUCUCAGGGCAGGGACUGAAAGGAAAACUGGGAGAGCAGUAACCAGCACACUCAGGCUCUUGGUGUUUAACUAGUCACCACUAUGUUGUUUCCUGCCCUCAUUGUUUUAGAUAGGGAGGAAGGAUGAGACAUCGCAAACCCUGGUUUGCCCUUUGUCAAUCUUCAUUUCCCAUUAUGUCAGUCUUCAUUUCCCGUUCUAUUUCGCUCAAUGUCGAGUCUGUAUCUAAAUGAAAAGGUUUGUUGAAUCACAACUCUGUCAUUGUACUGUAAAAAGGAAAUAUUUUGGAACCACCGUAACUCAUUUCUGUCUGUCUUCAGAGCCCAGAGUGAGACACUGAAGACCAGCACUGAGCCCACCACAGAUCCAAACACAGAGCCCAGUACUGCCUCAUGCCCUGGAAAACUGAUCAACCAGGGCAUAAAGAAGAGGGCUAUUAUACUGACCAAAGAUGAGAAGAACAUGGUAUGGUGCAACAUAUAAUACUCAAAUAUACAUCAUGAGCCUUAUACAUAAUGCGUAGUAGCAUUGUGAGGACUCUCAAAUGCACCUUGUGAGAACCUAGCCUGAACGUGUUAUGCAACAUAGCACUGUGAUAAUGGUUUUGUGUUUCAUCCCCUAAGGCCGCCUUAGAGAGAACCUGCCAGGCCUUUAGGUUCGACCAGGCGGAGUAUGAGCGGUUCCUGGAUCACAUGACUCUCUGGCUCCAGGAGUACCAGGACCAGGCAGUGGAGCUGUUCAGCCUGUGUGACACAGACAGCACUGGUACCAUCGGCCCCGAGGACUGUGAGCUGGGUAAUCCAUCCCUACUCUAGUCUGUUACACCCUCAUUCCCAGCCAAAUGAACCAAUAUCAGCUGGGAAAUCUGUCUCAAAGCUUUCAUCUGGGGCUCAUGGCUGCAAUUAAGGUAUGUCAAAGGAUUACCUCAUAAUGAGUCCAAAUACUAUUUUCAAUGCUAGAAGUUCACUCUAGCAUGUUUCAGUGAGUUCCAUUUGGAAAUGUUGCGAUGAUUCUUUCCACUGUAGACCCCUUGAAAAGUUAAGUCAAAUGUAACUGGCUCUCAGCUCCUUUAAAUGUAACAUAAAUAAAACCACUGGGGAAAGCAAUUACAAACCGUUUUAUGAGACUCCUGAGUCAGUCCUAUCUCAAUGCCACUGACUGUGUGGGUUUUUAUUGAAGAUAUAUAAGUGCUUAUGGUCAAUGUUCUGAUUCAGACUGCUUAGAAUGCAAGCACUUGUUCAUUUCCUGGAGAGCUUGUAAGUGGCCCUCUCACCUCCCACAGAUAACAGCUCGUCCUGGGAAACAAAAACAGAACAAUGUUCCUUUUGUCCUUCAGGCCCCAGACAUUGAGUAUACUGUACAUUAGUUCAGAAGAAAAUAUUAAUCCUUCAGAAAGUUGGAGCCAAGGAGAACCAAGGAGCACAGUCAGCCUUAAAUCCAGCAUUCAGGCCUCUUUUAUUUUAUUUUAUUUAACCUUUAUUUAACUCUUGGCUAAUGCCUCUGUGGAUAGAGCCAUUUAAUGGUUGAUUCACUGGAGCGAUAGCAUCAUCAUUGAUCUAAGAAUCACUGUCUGGAGAGAUGGCACUUUAUAAUGGACCUAUAAUAACUACAAUCCUGCCUUUUCCAUUUCUUCGUCUUUUCAAUGUCACAUUCAAUGUCUAUUCCACGUUGGUUCAACGUCAUUUAAUUGACAUGACGUCGAAACAACGUUGAUUCAACCAGCAUGUGCCCAGUGGGUUGUGUACAAGUCAUCACAAAAUCAUUUUAGGAGACCAAUAACUCAACUCCUUUUGUGGGGUUAGGACAAUUUCUGUAGAAUGUCUCUGGUGUAAAAAGUUAAAAUUCAAAAUCCCUUACAUCCUUAGGUAUGACAGAAUUGGGAAUUCUGUGUCUGCAAUUUCAGCUGUAUCUGCUGUCUCAGCUACUGAGGAGAGGCAACGAUGUGGAGAUCGAUUACAGGGACAUGAGCAACCAACUACAUAGAGUAAGGUAUAGCAAAAUCAGGAUUCUAGUGUGGAUGUUUGAACAUGUUUCUAUUGGUUUCUAUGAAUGUUUUAUCAUUCUAUUUGAAAGAGUGGAGGGUAAGGAUGAGGGAGAGGAGGAUGCUGUUCCCUGUUGUUUGGAGAUCAGUAGAGAGAAGCUACAGCCCUGCCCUAACUGUCAGCCCACCACCUCCUGAGACAUGUAAGACAUGCACAUACAGUACAUACUGCAGAAACAAGCACUCAGACAUACAGUAUCUAUACACACAGAAAUACUCAUGCUACAGUACAUCACCCAGACAGGUUAACUUUUUUUUUUUAAAUCCCACACUCAAAUUAACUCCCAUUGAAAAUACAUGUCAGCUAUUUAUGUUUAUGCUGAGUACGGAGGAGCCCAUCCAGGGAGCUUUGAGGUGGUUUCCCCAGCAGAACCAGGGUGUCCAGCCUGAUCAGGGUGAUCGAGGAGCGGGUUGGGAUCCAGACCACCAGCCUGCAGGUGUUCAGAACCAGAGUUCCCUCCCAGGAGUCCUUCCUACCACCAGACAGCUCUCUGGGGGAGUGUGGCUUCUCUGGAGGCCCAGAGGACUCACCCAGCCAGGCUUCACUGUUCUAUGACUACAGGCUAGAGUUCACUGACUGCCCCAUCCUCAACUGUGACCACUACUUUGAUUGUAAGCAACCUCAGAUUGGGGAGGACUACUUUGCAUCAAGGCCUAUGUAG